AACAAUAAUAGUAUAUUAUGCAUCAAGGGCAAAAAGGUAGUGUUGCCCGAGGAUCACUUGCUAUUUUUUAACAUGCCUGCAGAAGAAACUUUGUGUUUUGCUGUCUGACAAGCGGGACGCAAGUGAAUACUUUCCGCCCUAGGGAGGGAACUGUUGACUUCCGACCCUGACCGUAUCUUUCUACCCGAUGGCGAGAAGUAGUUACUUCCCCCCCGCUUAUCAGGGAGCGAAGUGCGAACUUGCCGUGCAGUCCGGUGGUGAACUCGAGAAUGAUGAGUGGAUAGCCAAUAUCGUAACUGGAUUAGUCACAAUGACCGAUAAGAUUGAUCCAAACACCCUGGUUGGCAAUGAAACUUUCAACAAAAUAUCCAUUGUUUACCCCAACCAUUGUUACGUGAUUUGUUUAUCAAAUAAGAAAAUUCACGUACUGAAGAAAAAAAACCGCCAUUCCAUCGUCGCUCAGCAGAUUGGAGAGCAGCAUAAUCUCAUAGAAAUUUGAGAGAUUCAUUAAUAAUAAAAAGAGUCCAAACCGAAU